AUGGAUGAGGAGCCUGUGCAGACACGUAGAGAGGUGCAAGUUUCUGCGUGUGCUUCCAUGCAGCUGGGGAAUGGGACUUCAGUAUCUCAGUUUCUUCUGGAAGGCCUGACAGACACUGAGGAGUUGAAGCCCCUGCUGUUCAUCGUAUUUUUGCUAAUCUAUCUAGUGGCUGUGGUUGGAAAUGUGGGCAUGGCUAGUCUUAUUGUUAUAGACUCCCGACUCCACACUCCUAUGUACUUCUUGUUAGGCAACCUUUCGCUGCUGGACACUGCCUACAUCUCCAAUACAGUGCCUCAGGUGCUGGUGCAUCUGCUGGUUCCCGUGCGGACCAUGUCCCAUCACGCAUGUCUCACUCAGAUAUUCUUUCUCCACUUCUUGGCACCCUGGGAGUGCUUCUUGCUCACAGCCAUGGCCUAUGACCGCUAUGCAGCCAUCUGCCAGCCACUACACUACCUAGUCUUGAUGGGUCAACACACUCAAGCAACACUGGCUUCAAUCUCCUGCCUUCUUGCCUUGGCUAAUGCACUCACCCACACCAUUCUUGCAGCCCAACUCAAGUUCUGUGGACCUCGCAUAAUCACACACUUCUUUUGUGAUCUCCCUCCCCUACUGAGACUCGCUUCCACCAGCACACAGGCCAAUGAACUUGCCCUGUUCUUUUUCAGCUUUCUGGUAGCUCUUAUACCCUGUGCUCUGGUCAUGCUCUCCUAUAUUCAUGUCGUGGCUGCAGUUCUCAGGAUUCGUUCCAGUGAGGGCCGAAGGAAGGUGUUUUCCACCUGUGCUGCUCACCUCACCAUGGUGUGUAUUUUCUACCUUACUUCAGUACUCUGCUACAUCCUACCCAGUUCUGCAUACUCUGGCUUGCGAGAUCGAUUGUUCUCAGUGCUGUACACGGUCCUCACUCCCAUGCUCAACCCAGUCAUCUACAGCAUGCGAAACAGUGAAGUGAAGAGGGCAUUGCUCAAGGUCUUUGGGAAAGAGAGGGCCUGCUAA